AUGUUACUGCUCAAUCGUGAUACACCCGGUACAGUCAAUCCGAAUGGGCUAUUGCAUUCGCACAAUAGCACGAUUGGUGGACAGAUCGGGGAUGACGAGUCCGAAAUCUCAUCAACAGUGUCACGUUUGGCAACGCUCAAUUUGAAUGGGACUCUGGGUGCGAAUCUACCGAACGGUCACAGCUCGUAUCAAACCGGUGGCAACUAA